UCUUCUCCUUCUUUUUCCUUCUUCUCUUCUUUUCUUUUUCUACUUCUUCUUCUUCUUCUUCUCAUUCUAAUUAAGCCUCUCCACUUGUGUAAAUUCUUGUCACAUUGUGCAUGUAAGCAAUACUUAGGUCAUUCUUCAUUAGUCUUCUUUCCCUUCAAUUACUCUUUAAUUAGUCUUUGUUUGAAAUUCAAAGUGUUCUCUAUUAAUAACCUUCCAAACUAUAUACUCACAUAUCUACACUCUCAUGGAUUCUACAUGGACCAAUAAUAAUGACUACUCAUCUCUUAGUCUCAGCCCUCCACGUGGGUCCUCCACCACUUCUCGGUGAAGCUCCGAGGGAAGGUAAGAAAGAGCCAUCCACACAUGAUGAUCAUCAACGCAAAGAGAGCGAAGUUUUAGAAGUUGAAUUAAAUCAAAUGAGUGAAGAGAACAAGAGAUUGAGUGAAACUCUCAGCGCGGUAUUCGCUCACUAUACCGCUCUCCGAAACCAGCUUCAUGAUCUCAUAAGCUUAUCAGGGAAGAGAAAGAGUUGUGAAAGCUCUCAUGAAGAUGGAGGAGCUAUGGAGUGCAAGAAACCAAGAGAAGAACACAGAGCCACUAAGAUCUCUAAAGUUUGUGUGAGAACUGAUCCGUCAGACACAGGCUUAAUAGUAAAAGAUGGGUAUCAAUGGAGGAAAUAUGGCCAAAAAGUCACAAGAGAUAACCCUUCUCCUAGAGCUUAUUAUAGAUGUUCCUUUGCCCCUUCUUGUCCUGUGAAAAAGAAGGUGCAAAGAAGUGCAGAGGAUAAAUCAAUAUUAGUAGCAACAUAUGAAGGUGAACACACUCAUGGUAACAUGGACUCUACGACGAUUGCCGUUGAUUUAACUCAACCGGAUGUCAAGCCACCGGAGAUCCGGCGAGUUAUGGUUGAGCAAAUGGCUUCUUCUUUGGCUAAGGAUCCAAGUUUUACUGAUGCAUUGGCAAGUGCUAUUUCUGGGAGGAUUAAUCUUCAGUUAUCUCCUGGUUGGAAAUAGAAUUAUUUAUACAGUACUGCAUGCAAUCUUAAUUAUCAUGUUAGAUCAUUCUCUCAUUUUGUCUAUGCAUGUUUCUGGUUAUCUGUUUUAUUGACUCAUUUUGAUGUUGAAGAAUUUGAGAGAUUGGUGCUUGAUCUUAUGCAUAUAU